AUAUAUAUAUGUACGAAACAACUUUUUCGCAGACGCAUACAUUAGAAGACAGGAGUUAUUUCAGAUUUCAUUGCAAACCGUGAUGAUAGGUUACAUUGCACCUUAUGUGAAUCCGAAGAUUAAGAGUCAGAAAGCACAAAAUCCCACUUCUGCCAAUUCCUAAUCAAUAUGACGCUGAUGGUGUCGGUCACUGUCGGUUUGGUCGCUUUGUUUACUGCUGCGUCAAAUAUUCCGACGUUUUUAAUGGAACGCGUCUAUCUGGUGUAUAUUAUGAUGUCUGUCGCCAUUAUUCCAUUACUUCUAAUUGCAUUAGUGGGAAAAAUUCGAUUGAACGUUUACGCUGUUCCAAUACUACUUUGGAUUAUGGUUAUAUUAUGGUCUGUGAUCUUUGCUGCUGUGUUCUCACCAGUUGAUUGGAAAUGUGCUUUGAUAGUUUUAGCCAUGACAAUGAUGGUUACAGCUGGGGUGGUCUUGGUGGCUAUGAAAUUACCACCAUUGAGUGCAAAGGGGUUCAUCUUAUUUAUGUCGAUAUCAGCCGUCCUUGGGGUUUCAGCUGCUGUUUUAACCAUCUGUUAUCACUUGAUACCUGAACUAAAAAUGAGUUCGAUAUUCUGCAUACU